UGUGAAUGGCACCACCUGGGGCCAAGUGACCACCUUGGAGCAACUCACUCAGGGGUGCCACCCCUCUGGGGACCCCUGCGCCAAUACCAGCCUGUUCCCCACCCCUGUCCUGCCACCCAGCCUGGGACCAGCCCUCAUGCAGCUGUGGUCCUGGCAGGCGGCUGAUGGGUGGUGUCUGUGAGGACGUGGACGAGUGCCUGUGGCGGCCUUGCCUUCAUGGCGGAUCCUGCCACAACCUGCGGCCGGGCUUCCUGUGUGUAUGUGGCCCAGACCACCUGGGCGACCACUGUCAGUGGGCUAAACUAGCCCCCGAAGGUCAUCCGCUAACUGCUCCUGCAGCCAUAGCAGCAAUCGCCAUCUCUGUUCUCGUGUUAGCCGUGGUGGGCGUGGUGCUGUCGUUGAGGCUUCACCGGGUGCGGCUGGCGCGAGGGCCACAGGGAACAGAGAGAGGCAGCGUGCAGAGUAUGAAGGAGACCACGGUGGGGGGAGGCCAGACUGCGGAGACUGUGGUGCCUGAUGAAGGGGACCACGACACCCUGCUGGAGCUGCUCAGGCUGAAGGUGUCGCGGGACCUGCCGGACCACCGAGGAACUGAAGGCACGGCAGCAGCGACGGGCAGGGAGGGAGAGGGCGGGGUGGAUGCGGUGGCGGCCAGGCAGACUUCGGUCCCUGAGGUGUUCCUGCCGGAGGAGGAUUUGAGAGCUUAUGCUUACGAGGGAAGCAGUUCACCGUCUGGCUCCCUCACCUCCACCUUGUCAGAGUUACGGGUGGAGCUGGCUGGAGGCGGUCCCAGUGUGCCUCUCGUGCCGGCAUUCCUAGAGGCCACAGACUUGCUGUCCACGCUUCCCGAGGCAAAGCGCUCCACUCCCACCCGCCCCCGCACGACCCGCAGCGAGACCAUCACCACCACCACCACUCCCCAGAGACUCUCCACAGUUGGGAAGAAGGAAGAAGUGAAGGAGCCUUGUGUCCCCUCUGCCUCUUCUCCAGCAGACUGACCCUGACCUGCGCCCAAACUCCUCGCCCGGUCCGCCACGCCACAACAGGAGGCAGCAACAGGCAGACCCACACCGCCCUCCACCAGCCGUCAUCUCGGACCGCCUUGACUCGGCAGAGAGGUGCUUCCUUACACUUCCUUCCUCACACUUUGCUGCAGUGUUUCUCUCCUUCCCCACCCCACAAGACGUCGUGCUGGGGAGAUCAAGAAGGAUUGGGAAGGAAUGUCACUGAAGAAGAGUUUUCAGGAAUCGCUCAGUCUUCUUCCACCUUGAUGAGUAACACAAGCCCAGGGAAGGAGGGAGGACUGAGCUGGUAUCCGAACAACCCUGAGGUGAGCAGGGAAGAACAGGCGGCGGCAGGACCUCGCGGAAGACACCACCGUGGCAGGAGUGUGUCGGACAGAACAUAUCAAAUUAUUUUAGAGGAUGGCGAGCUGCCAGUGGGCGUGAUAUAUCCAGUACCCACAGGUUGGCGUUCCUUGAGGGAUGACAGCUCGACACACUGGGAGGCUGGUGUAGGGUCCAGCAGCGUCGACUUGCCGGUCAAGAGCGGACGUGAGUGGUGUGGCGGAGCUGUGGUAUUUUGGAGCUGUGUAAAAGCGGCGGACAAGGCGAGGCACAAGUCAGAGCGUUCAGUCCAACAGGGUGUCCCAGUGUCAUUGUGCGCUAUUGUGCUUCACCCAUUUUGAAAACAUAAUGGUGUUGACCUGAUCAGCAUAAAACUACACACUGCGACGGGUCUUGUGUUCAUAGGGGCCUCAUGCCCGUUAUUUUUUCACGUUUCAAUACAAUUGCUAAGUGUACUGUAUACCUAAAGGGACCCUGUUUUGAGCCAUUCGUUGGCCCCACACAUGAGUAAUUAAUCUGUGUGUGUGUGUGUGUGUGUGUGUGUGUGUGUGUGUGUGUGUGUGUGUGGUUGUGAGUUGCUUGUGUUGACUUACAAUUGUUUCACGUGUUUGACCAUUUUAUGUAAUUGUUAUAAACGUUUUCUAAUUAAAAGUCAUUUUUUACCUUUACUACUAAGCAAACCACUCUUUUUUAUGAAAUCAUCCAGACUAUGAGAAACUAUUACUCUGAUCUUCCUUCAUCUCAUCCAAGACGUGAAGGAACUGGACAAUGCAACACUACAUGACUAUUUUCUUAAU